AUGACUGCUCCAGACACAGAAACAAACUCAGUCACUCACAUGGACUCCCGAGUGGUCCCGCAUGCCCAGAUGGGAUGGGUUGAAGAUACACUAUUCUGGAUCGGCAUAGGGAUGCUUGUGCAAUUGUCCCAGCCAUUUAAAGAUAUGCUGGACAUCCUGCAAGGGACCAGAAAAGAUGAUGCGAUCCAGGGACAAUCAGAUCAAAAUCUGAUUGUGCUUGAGCAAGUGUCAGCGGUGGACUUUGAAUAUCUCUGCAAGUUCCUGUUUGGGCCAUGGACAUCUCCGCCGUAUGACCUCGCAUAUCCCAUUGCAGUCUGGAGGCUCUCACAACGAUGGGAAAUCACAUCACUGCACUUGAGAAUUGCGCGUGCAUUCGACAUGAAAGAUUGGAUCUGUUCUGGUGUCGCUGAGCUGCUGGAGAGCUAUGAUGCCUUUAUGUUGCUGAUGCGUGCACAUGAGGACCUGCAUGGGUUGAGGAAGGAGUUCGGGUUCAUCCCACCGGACAUCGAGUACCUCAGGUCGAGCACUUGCAAAGAGCAUGUGAACUGUGCACGAAUCUGGAAGAACGAGUGGAUUGUUCACAUUGGUCGGAAGCUCAAGCUAUCCAGUAUUCCUGAUGAGGUCAAGGCAAUGGAGCUGACAGGAAUGGCGGAGGAAUGCAAAGCAAUCAUUGUGGAUGCUGUUGCAGGUAUGGAAGGAUAUGGCAAGGAAGAUGCACUGAUAAAGUACACGAUUUCUUCCCUUAAUAGUCUCAAGUUUGACAUUCAUGAGCUGUUCUCAGUCAGCCAUGAUCUGUACGUCAAUAGCGACUGA